AUGCCAUCUAACUUCACGGUACAGUCUGAUGAUUCCAAAAUAUGUGUUGUCAUGGUCGGUUUGCCCGCCCGGGGUAAGAGCCUCAUUGCCGGAAAGGCCAUGCGCUAUCUGGCCUGGCCGGCCGCCACCUUCUUUGAUCCGCACAAUGCGGAGGGCGAACGGAUGCGCCGAGCCGCAGCUGAAAUGGCCGUGUCCGACAUGCUCCAGUGGUUCCAGUCCGGCAAGGGAGUCGUCGCCAUCCUGGAUGCGACCAAUUCCACGAAGGAACGCCGCCAGUGGAUCCAUGAAAAGUGUCGAGAAGCCGACAUCGAAACCCUCUUUGUGGAAUCUAUCUGCGACGACGAAGAUCUGAUCAUGACCAACAUCCUGGAGGUGAAAACCACCUCGCCUGACUAUAAGGGCCAAGAUCCCGAAUUGGCCGCUCUGGACUUCCGCAAACGCAUCCGCAACUAUGAGAAGGUCUACGAGACCAUUGAUGACAACGAAAAGCACUACACCUAUGUGAAACUCAUCAAUGUCGGAUCGACCGUCAUUAUCAACCAAAUUAAGGAUUACCUGUCCAGUCGUCUUGUUUACUACAUCCAGAACCUGCAUAUCAAGCCUCGUUCGAUCUGGCUCUCACGGGUAAGUGUUACGUUCAACUCCGGAGACCGGGCUGCACAAAUUCCCCCUCCCUUCCUACAUGGAGAAUCAGAGUACAAUCUGACCGGCCGGAUCGGCGGCGACUCAAGCAUCUCCGAGCGCGGCGAGGCCUACGCUCGCGCGCUGCCGGAGUUGCUUCGCAAAUCAGGGGUUCCCCCCAACACUAAGAUUGUGAUCUGGACGUCUACGCUCCGCCGUACGAUUCAAACCGCCCGCCACCUGAAGGCGGAGACAAAGUUUGAGAAGCUGGAGUGGAAGGCACUGGACGAGCUAGACUCAGGGGUCUGCGACGGGCUCACUUAUGAAGAGAUUGCCGAGAAGUAUCCUGAAGAUUUCGCAGCCCGUGAUGAAGACAAGUACAACUACCGAUAUCGCGGCGGCGAAUCCUAUCGGGACGUCGUCAUCCGGCUGGAGCCGAUUAUCAUGGAACUGGAACGCAGUGAGAACGUGAUGAUCGUCACCCAUCAGGCCGUGUUGCGUUGCAUCUAUGCCUACUUCAUGAACGUCCCACAAGAAAAGAGUCCUUGGAUGGAAGUCCCCCUCCAUACUUUGAUCAAACUUACCCCACGCGCCUAUGGCACCGAGGAACAGCGUUUCAAAGCUGAUAUUCCCGCCGUAUCGACCUGGCGAGGCAAGGGCACUUCGGCAAAGCACCAGGAGUUCCCUGCAGAGAGCCAGGAGGCCCCAGUGGCCGCUCAUUAA